AUGCCUGCAAAUAGUGAAGAAGCUAAAUUAAGAAAAAAGCAAAAUAGAAGUGAAAAGGAGAAGAAUAGAACACAAUUUUUCAAAGAAUGGAACAGCACAGGACCAACAUUAACAAAGCAAUCAGCAACAUUAGAGAAUAUAUUAGACCAAUUAAUAUCAAAGACUUCACAGGAUUCUCAAAACUCAAUCAGUUCAUUAGCGAACUAUCCAGAUGCAUCACCGAAAGAGAGAUACGCAACUGUACAAUCAAAUAGAAGAGAACUCGACAAUGAUAGACAAUCUAUUGAUAGCGAAAGACGAGAGAUUGAAAGAGAGAGACGAGAGAUUGAAAGAGAUGAGGCACUGCUGAAAGAGAGAGAAGAGCGCUUGAAAAAGAUUUUGAAAGAGAGAGAAGAGAGCUUGAAAAAGAUUUUGAAAGAGAGAGAAGAGGAUUUGAAGCAGAGGAAGAAGCUAUUAAAUCUGAAAGAGAAGCAGUUAAACGAGAGAGAACAAGCAAAUUCAGAGAGCCAAGUCAAUAUCAGCAGAAGAAAUCAACUACAAGAAAGAAGAGAAACAAUUCAUAGGAAUGCCAACAACACUGGAGAUAGGUCCAAUUUUGGCGGAAAAAUUGAAAUCAACUUUGCAAGCGAUAUCGAAAAGAAGGACGUCACCAUUGGACAGCUUAUCCAAGCAAUUGUCGAUGCUCAAACUAGGACUCAGCAAAGCUUGGAAUUAUUUAGAAGAGGUCUUCAGCAAUCAAGAGAAAUCAUUGGUCAACUCGUUGAGUCGCUUAGAGGACUACCUUCAGCCACUGACUUUUUACAAACACUACCGCAUGACAAUCCAUAUCGUAGAUCUUUAAUGUAUUGGUGUAUUUCCAAUUUCAAACAUCACGAUCACCUCAAUAUUGUAAACAAAGAGAAUAUCAUCAAUAUCUUUUAUGUUUCGCAAACUACUGUUUAUCGAUUGAAUCCUGAAAAUACAAAUAUUAAUAACCUUCACCGUAUAUUGUAUACUCCAAACACAAAAAAAGUUCAUUUUACAGAGGAUCAAAUCGAUAAAUGGUACGAAGUAAUGGAUGGAGUAUUACCAUUUCUUAGUGGGAGAGACUUUAGAUUACAAGCGAUGACAAACGAAGCUUUUUAUCAAAAAGUAAGGGAUGAAUGUGCAAGGAUUGGAAUUCCACCACCAUCUGAAAACUACAUGUACACACGUUUUUUGAGAGAGGAGCUAAUUCAUCACACCAAAUACGAUGCAGUAUGCAAGGACUGUGCAGAGUUGAAAAAGCUGGAGACAAUAGUGAACACGAGACGAAAUGGGGUAGCUUAUCCAGCAGACAGUGAAAAAGGCAAGAAAAUGGCAAAACUGAAACUUCAUCAAACCAUUGCAGUGGUCCAAAGACAAUUAUACAGUCAACAAAAGGUUGAUGUAAUCAAUGAUCUUGAUGGUACUAGUGCAAUUAUUCUAAUGGAUUUUUCACAGCUCUCACAUCAACAAUCUUUAAGACAAGCACUGAUAAUCAGUGUUUAUUGUCACAAAGAUAACGCAAGUUAUUUCAACUAUGUCUCCUACGUAGCUCCAACAACGACCACCAAGAAUGAUCCAGCCUUUGUUAAGAUCUCCACUUUCCAAAGAGAUACUGACAUUCCUUUGUAUACAGUCGAUCAAGUAAUAGAAUUAAUCCGAACCAUGAGAAACCACUAUGCUGAAGUUGCCUGUCCAACCCACAAAGUUCCUAAAUCCCCGACUACCAUGAAAAAUAUCUCCAAAUGUCAUCGAUUUAUAUUCGAUGUAGCGAAUAAUCGCAUCAUUGCAUACGAAUACAGUGGUAAACAGGGACCUCCAUUGAUGUUUGUUGCCAACAACGACUUUAUUCAAAAGGUUGUUGAUGAUGACCCUCGUUUGAAUGAUGAAUUGGAUUAUCUCCUCGAGGCUUAA